AUGUUUGCAGGCACCGGGUUGUGUUGCGUCGGUCGUGGUAAAUUGGAGGAUGAUCAAUCAGCCGAUUCCGACAUACUGGAUAUUGACGAUGCUAUGCGUGAAGCGGAUGACGUGCGAGAAGAAUGGCAAUGGUUGAGCAUUCGAUGUGAACGUCGUUUGAAUGAGCAGAUACGCUUCUAUCAGCAGGAUAUCACAGAUAAAUGCGAUGCGCUGCUGGCCAAUGCGUCGACGCCCACGGACCCUGCUGUCUACGGCAGCUAUGUCCCCAAACUCAUUCGACGAUUUAUCCACGGGCGUUUGGGUUCCACUAAUCCCUCCCCGCGCCAUAUAGCAAACUGUUACGCCGUUACAGUGUUUUGUGACGUCAGCGGCUUUACAGCUCUGGCGGAGGCUAUUGAGAAGUCAGGCGAUCCCGAGGCCGCAGCCACGCUUGGACGUUCUCUGAACUGUUUCUUUGACCCUCUGAUCUGCAUUAUAAAUCGUUGGGGAGGUGAUAUUAUGAAAUUCGCGGGGGACGCUGUCCUCGUAGCGUGGUUCAUAAACGAAAACUAUGAUACAUCCGAUCCUCCCGUCGAUUCAGAAAUCAAUGCGGAUGCGUCCGCUGAUAAUUAUAUAUCGCCUUUAUACAGUUCCAAGCCGCAUAGUGGAGACGUUUGGAAGCAGUGUGCGCUGGCACUAAGGUGUUGCGAGGAGCUGCAUGCCACCCUGCACGAAUAUCCAACUAACAUAGACGGGAAGACAUUGGCGAUGCAUAUCGGCGUAGGUUUGGGUGAGGUUGCCAUUUUGCACGUGGGUGGUCUCUUGGAACGCUGGGAAUUCGUGAUUGCUGGAAAGCCGCUCGAAGAGAUUGCGGUGGCUGAGCCGCUGGCGUCUAGAGGGGAAACGGUCAUGUCUCGCUCGGUAUACGAGGUGAUGCAGUCGAAUCUUAAUGUACAGCCUAUAGAUGGUCACCCAGACUAUUUUCUGUUUACCUCAUUCAACACCGAACUUGAUGUCGAACCCGAUGCCACGGUGCAUGAGUCGUUCGAGUUCCCGCCAGAUUCGGUCACCGAGUUUCGACACUAUAUGCCAAGCUACAUCUUCCUAAGACUGAUCUCAGGAUAUGGCGUAUUCAACAACGAGAUGCGUCGCCUGUCGACUGUUUUCGUCUGUGUGUCUGGUCUGGAUGUCGCUUCUCCGUCCGGCAGAGAAACUGCGCAGCAGCUGAUGACCAUCUGCCAACGUGCCACCUAUGCCCUUGAAGGCAGCAUAAACAAGUUUCUGGUCGACGACAAGGGCGUCGUCCUACUCAUUUUCGUGGGAUUUCCACCGGUUUACCACACCGACGACCCUGUGCGUUCGGUGUUUGUGGGUCUAAAAAUCGUAAAUGACUGCUUGAAAUUGGGAUUGAAACCAGGUGUGGGCAUCACCACCGGUUCGGUGUGGUGUGGGACUCUGGGUAACGACAUCAGGCGUGAGUACACUUGCCUGGGUGAUUACGUGAAUCUGGCGGCACGGCUGAUGUCGAAGGCAGUGACAUCCAAUGGCCACCAAAUUUUGGUUGACGAGGCUACUGCCAACGAAGCUGGUGGUAUAUUGGAAUUCGAGGAACUUGAAUCUGUCAAGCUAAAGGGUAAGGAGGUGUGGGUCAAGGUGUUUACUCCAACCGGUAAGGUUCGUCAGCUCGACCUGCAGUCGUUGGAGGACUGCACGCCGCUGGAGACGUGGAAGAGAUGGGACGCAUACAAUACCGUGAAGGCACGCUUAUCGGGAAGUGGAUUACUCGAGCACGGCGGUGUGAUGCUCAUUAACGGGCACAGCGGCUGCGGGACCAUAGACCUGCAGUCGGCCAUUACAAGGUUAGUGAAGCGCCAGGGCUACUCCAACUGCUUUUCCGUCAGCACCAUGAAAGAUGACUCCUCAGCCAUAUCCAUCGCGUCGGACUCACAUCUCGCUUGGCGCAAUUUGUGUAGUGGGCUGGUCUCCACGUGGGCCUCAAGUUCGUCCCGUAAAGCGAUGAUGGGUGUGUACCACUCCAAGUAUCAGCACAUGCAGUCGGAGAACUGCGUAUCUAAAAAGGCUGUGUCAGACGUUGUCAAAGAACUUCUGGACCCAUCACUUCAUUGGCGUCUCGGGUCACUGAAGCCACUGGUGCUGGGAUUGGAAGUGGAACCACUCCGAAACGUGGUUGGGCGCCGCCUCACUCCGAAUUCACAACCUAAUUCUAGAAUCCCUGGUAUGAUCCAAAGCUGGUUAGGUGAAACUGUUAAUGGGAGCACGGAAUCGAAAACUGGGGCACAGGGUAACCAUGUGAACCGCACCGCACAGAACGUCAGCGCCUGCGAUACGACGCUACUUGAUCAGCGCAUCGUGCAGGAACCCACCGCCCCCCUCGUGACUUCCAUGGUAGACGGAUUUUCCAUGAGUGAACGGUUGUGCGUUAUUUUGAACAUUCGUCUGGGAAGUUCGGUAUACGCGACCAUGGAAGACGAUUCCUGGGAGACUGUGUGCUCACUGACGCGUCUGGCUACGGAACGACGGGAGGCACACAUGGCAGGCGCUACUAACGCCAAACCGUUCCUCUUCAUAGUCGUGUCGUGCCCCCAACACGUCUUCUUACGUUGGCACGACGAAGUCGUUCAGCAUGCCGAAAAGUGCGACGCUCGGAUAAAGCUUUCGAAGUUAUCAAAAUCGCAACUGACCGAUUUCGUGGCACAUACACUGCAACUUGAAGGUGCUGCGGCUGUUCCAGAUGAGCUUGUAGACCACAUUUACCGCAACACCUCCGGCAUGGCACGCUUUGUAUACAAGACCCUCGAGGAACUUGUGGAGUCAAAAGCAGUAAUGUUGGAGGACGUGGAGCCUUCCACAACUAAUUCGUCCGAUGUUGAGGACGAAGCGACGCCUAUCAACUCUCGUGCCAUGCGAAGGAGUCAAAUUCUGGACUUUUUCCACAUACCGCAUCGGCGCAGCGCCGGGCUCAGCGGUUUGCAGCAGAUACGUGAACUUGGCGUAUCUUUUGAGGAACGCCCGAAACAAAGAAAACGUCUGGUUGGCCUCAACCUGCCGUCAGAUGGGCUAAUUGGUGAGAUUCUUUCGUUUGCUAUGAGUCUUGUAGACCGGCUUCAGCCCGACGAGCUCUUCGUUGCCAAGGUUGCCUGUGUGGUGCGCUCACCGUUCGUACGACAAGAUCUUCUGGUUAACAACCCGCAGAAAUUCUCCGAGGAAUACUUCGAUUCCAUUUUGCGGAGCCUGCUUGCGAACGAGAUUUUGGAGUCGGUGUCUAAUAUGCCCAUUGCCGAGGCCAUGGCACCAAACGUGGAGCUUCGACUUUGCAGCAGUGCUAUUGCAAAGGUUCUAUCGCAGCGCAUAAUGGAAGAUGAACGAGCGUGGUUCGCGAGUCAAUUCGCAGUUGCGUAG